GUCACAUAUCGGAUUAUGGGAGACGACGGUCUCUUCCUUGGUGCACAUGUGGUGAGGGGAGGGGGGCACGCAUGCUUCUCGAUCGACUUGUUGCUGGUUCUCGGGUCGUCGAACCAACCGACCAAUCGCCAAGACUCUGUGAGCCUGAAUCCUAAUGAGGUCCCCGGUAUAUAUUCGCUCACCCUCGCAAUCACCUGGAGAUUUUUCAAACCACGCUCAGCGAGCAAGAUAACCAAGAUGACGUGGAUGGAGCAGAAAUUGACGAUAUUCUUCGUCGUAUUCUCGGCAGCAUUCUGCAAUUAUGCAAUUGCUGGAGAAUCUUCAAGAGUCGUGUGUUACUUCAGUAACUGGGCGAUAUAUCGUCCAGGGAUAGGAAAGUAUGGGAUAGAUGAUGUGCCAGCGGACUUGUGCACUCAUCUGAUUUACUCUUUCGUCGGCGUGAGCAACGUGACCUGGGAAGUGCUGGUCAUCGAUCCAGACCUGGACAUUGAGCAGGAUGGCUUCAAGAACUUUACGAACCUGAAGAACAAGUUUCCAGGAUUGAAAACUGAGCUCGCUGUCGGCGGCUGGGCUGAAGGUGGACGAAAAUACAGCAACAUGGCUGCUGUACGUGAAAGAAGAGCAUCAUUCAUCGCCAGUGUUGUAGAAUUUAUGUACAGAUAUGAUUUCGACGGAUUCGACCUUGACUGGGAAUAUCCCGGGGCCGCCGAUCGCGGUGGCAAAUUCUCCGACAAAAAUACGUUCUUCUAUUUUGUCGAGGAGCUGCGACGAGCCUUCGACAGGGAGGGAAAAGGCUGGGAAAUCACCAUGGCGGUACCACUUGCUAAAUUUCGCCUUCAGGAAGGUUAUCACGUUCCCGAGUUGUGCCAACUCGUAGAUGCGAUUCAUGUAAUGGCGUAUGAUCUAAGAGGAAAUUGGGCUGGAUUCGCUGACACCCACAGCCCGCUCUAUAAACGUCCUCACGAUCAAUGGGCGUACGAAAAACUGAACGUGAAUGACGGUAUGAGGCUGUGGGAGGACCUCGGUUGUCCAGCAAAUAAGCUGGUGGUCGGAGUGCCGUUUUACGGACGCAGCUUCACCCUGAGCAACAGCAACAGCAACUACAAUUUGGGAACGUAUAUCAACAAGGAGGCCGGUGGAGGCGCAAAGGGCAAUUACACGAGGGCGAAAGGGUUCCUUGCCUAUUACGAGAUUUGCCCCAACGUACAAGAUCCGGAUUCCGGAUGGACAAACGAGUGGGACGAUGCGGGAAUGGUUCCCUACGCGUACAAAGGCACCCAAUGGGUCGGAUAUGAGAACGAGAAGAGCAUCCAGAUUAAAAUGGACUUCAUAAAGGAGCGUGGCUACGCCGGGGCCAUGACUUGGGCUAUCGACAUGGACGAUUUCCAUGGUAUUUGCGGGGAAAAAAACGCGCUGGCCCAUAUUCUUCACAACAAUAUGAAGGACUACAUUGUUCCUGCGCCUAAGCGGGAAACAACGCCAAGGCCCGAAUGGGACCGGCCCCCGAGCACCCCGGCUUCUCCCGAAGACAGCUACCGUCCAUCCAGGCCCAGCACAACCUUCCAAGUUCCGUCCACCACCCGAAGGCCGACUCCAGCGUACAAACCACCCAGUACAACCAGCACGACGAGACAAACCGAGGAAACUACUCGGCCAACGCGACCCUCGUGGACUCCGACGUCACCGAAACCUGCGAUUAUAAACGAGAUUGACGACACUUCGAACGAGAUCAGAUGCGGAAACGAGGACUUCAUGGCCUCCAACGACUGCACACUGUAUUACCGAUGCGUGUAUGGAAAACCUCUGAAAUUCCAGUGUCGUCAGGGGACCGUUUACAACACCGAAACGUUCAUUUGUGACUGGCCGAAGAACGCGGAUCGCCGCGAAUGCCGAAAUGUUUGAAUUCUGCAAUUUGUGUUGUAACUGAUUUCUUGGAUUUAGAUAUUCUUAACAAUGUUCUGCACGUUCACCUUCAUCCAGUAGUAUUAGAUUUUUAGCAUAUGUAAAAAAUGUGUUAACGCGUGUACAGUGAGAUCGAGCACGCGGGCGAUUGAACCUUCGGUCUAAUUCCCAAUGUCGUUUUCACUGCGAAUAGCUAAUCAGCUGCCUCGAUGGCUACGGUUUGCUUACAUACGUGUAUUGGUGAAUAAUAUCGUUAUUUCAGACACAAAAGAAUAACUCAUUCGAGUUCAUUCGACGCUAAAGUGGAGUUGAAAUAUUAAUUGAACUUGAAGUAGAAAUAUUCACAACGAACUCGCGAACUUCAUGCGGUCUGUCAUCAGGUUUUUAUACACAAUCGUAUUAUAAUAUUUAGAACAUAAUUGAGAUGUGAUUUUUUGUUUUUGUUUUUUUUUUCGUCCACACAUACGCGCGUGCACCGAAAUUGUCACUGAGAAAUAAUUAUAGUCUUUUAUCUUUAAGUACAUGCAUUUUGCAUUUUUUUUUAUCGUUUGUUAAUUAAACCUAUAUAUUAUAAUUGGAUUGAACGAUGUUAAACAAUAACGAAUAUUGUGAUAUGUAAUUUAUAAAGAUAAAUAUUAUACGUAUAUCGUUUAUAAAAAAAAUUAUUCUAGAUGCCGUUUUCCUCGAUGAUAAUAUCAAACCAAUUGUCAAACGUAUCACGACUUCACGUGCUGCCGUAUUUUCAUUUCAUAGCAACGCCAAGUAUAGCCUGCAAAACGAACAACUGACCUUCUAUAAAACCUGUGCAGCAUUAAAGGUAACAAUG